AAAUAUCAUAAUGUCAUUCGUUCUUGACCCAUUACCAUAUGCUUAGGAUGCCUUGGCUCCACAUAUUUCAGCAAAUACCAUAAGUUUUCAUUAUGGAAAACAUCAUGCUGGAUAUGUCAACAAAUUGAAUGAAUUAACAAAGGGAACACCAUAUGAAACUCAAAGUCUUACAGAUGUUGUAAAGAAUACUUUUGGAAAUCCAGCCACAGUUGCAAUAUUCAAUAAUGCAGCUCAAACAUGGAAUCACACGUACUUUUAGAAAAUUAAAACAUUAGGUUUUAUUGGAGAAGUAUGAAACCAUAAGGUGGUGGUGUUGCAACAGGAUAAGUUAAGGAUUUGAUAUUAUAAAGCUUUGACAGUUUAGAUUCUUUCAGCAAGGCAUUUACAGAUGCAGCUUUAGGAUAAUUUGGAUCAGGGUAUAAGAAUAUUCUUAAUUCUCAAUAGAUGGACUUGGCUAGUAGAGAAGGAUGGAAAAGUGAGUAUUGUAAAGACAUCAAAUGCUGACAACCCCAUUACUCAAGGAUACAAUCCCUUGAUUACAUUAGAUGUUUGGGAACAUGCAUAUUAUUUGGACUUUUAAAAUAGAAGAGUCGAUUAUGCAAAUUUGUUUUUAACUAAUUUAGUCAAUUGGGAUUUUGCUAACUAAAAUUUGGUUAACAAGGCACAUUUAUGAAAUAUUAUAAUAAUCAUA